AUGUCUACAGGCUCUUCUCCUGACAGGUUCAUUGAAAAGCCUGGAGUCGUCACCGCUCUAAUCAUUGCCACCGCUUGCAUGAUUGUUCUGGCGAUUGUGGCAUUCUCCUUCGUUCUUCGACGAAGUCGUCUCUAUUGUCGUCGAUCAAAGCAUCGAUUCCCGAUUGACGAUUGGUCUACUCCCCGACUCCCGAUGUCCAUGCCCGCAUAUAGUAUCAGCGAUAUCGAGCAAGCUGUCUUUCGCGUGUGCCAUUACCACCCUGACAGCAUGGACUUUUCAGGGCUAGGGCUUCCGAUGGCGAUUGGCCAUCCCGGCGAACAGUCUGCUUUCGGGCUAGUGGACCAAGUGCCGCACUUACAACCCAUGCAGCCGUGUAAGCUUGCCCGUGGCAAUUCUUCAAUUUUCACUACCUGUUCAAGGAUCUCGCGAUUCAGUGUCCAUGACCAGCAGUUGCCCAAAGUUCCGGCAGAUGAUGCUAUCUCUCUUGACUCGAGCAUCGAAACUGGGUACACAGCACCUACUAUUAGCACGGCCACAUCGGUGUCAAUGAGUACUGAGCGACCCGUGCUUGUAGAUGUGAUCUUCGAAAGGUCUAUGGCUGUGCAUAUGUCCUCUUAA